AUGGCAAUGUCAGGUGGCUUCGCGAGUAUCCCGAAGGAGAUACGGGAUAAGAUCGUCGAAUCGCUCUUCUCUAAUUGCCGCCAAGAUCACUCUCGUACAGCUGCCUACGCAUCCGUAUGCCGGGAAUGGCAGGCUUUCUUCGAGCCAAAGCACUUCGCAGAUCUGUUCUUGACGCCAUCGCGGGUGGAGGCUUUCGAACGGUUCGUCGUUGGAGAGAAGCGGAAGAUGGUAAAUCAUAUCAACCUAGAUGUUGGACUGUGGUCUCCGAGCUGGGAGCGAGACUCUGCGACAGAAAAUGCCGAGGAUGACAACUUACUUCAUGUCAUCGGAACACUGUUCAAUUCUCUGAGCACAUGGGACAAAGUCAAAGACGUGAAUCCACAGCGGCUCUUCUUGGAAGUGUCCGGCCCUUUCCGGCCCUCAUUGUAUCGCUGCCAUCAAAGCACAGACUUAACCAGCUUGCCCAAGAUGAAUACGAUCACGACCUUGGUGCUGCAGCGGAAUUUCUGCUUUCAGUCACGCCCAGAUCAUUUGCGUCUGCUGUUGCGAAGUCUCCCUGCGUUGAAGAAGUUGGUCUACCAACAACCAGAACCGCCUGGGCGCGAAGGCAAUGCGGAACAUGAUCAGUGUUAUGAAUUCAUUUUCGGCCAAGGCUUGCCAGCUUCUCUCACGGAGCUUUCGAUUUUCGAAAAGCCGAUUGAUGGUUUUUCUCCCCUUUCCAUUAUACAGGGUCCGGGAUACGCGCCUCGUGACAACAUCUCGUCGCUCGGACUCUCUCUAGCCAAAGCCAGUCGACAGCUGGAGCACCUCUCUGCAUCCUUCGCCAUCGAUGCAAGGCACUUCCUCCGCCCAUUCUGGCCACAGGAAUCUACCGACAACGCCGAAAUCGACGCCUUCUGGACUUGGAAUAAGCUAGAGACCCUGGCUCUCACAUCGCAGCUGCUGGCAUUUCCGAAACGAUCCUCAGAAGAAGAAAUCAAUUGUCUGCUGGAAGCUGCAAGCGUAGCAGUGCGGCGAAUGCCCAAACUGCUCACGCUUGAGUUGUGGUGCGGCAAUGGCAACGAGCAUGGAUGUCUGUUCCGCUACACCCAUGACCCCAUUUCCAGAAGCGCCUCGCUCACCUGGCAGGGAACCUGGACUGUCGACAUCACAUGGCGUGUUGCCCGCUCUUGGAGCGAGACUGUGUACCAAAAGACCGGAUCCGGGGCCGAAAUACAGUUCGAGAAGAUGGCGUUCGCAGCGCCACGAAUCACGGAAGCUGUGUCUGUUUUCCUUCUUUUACGAGAUCGCGUUGGCACUCCAAUGUCAUCAUGGGAGAGAUGGAGUCGUCUCGAUUAG